GUUGUGCUCGAAUGCCACAAAUGUCCAAUGGAGGAGGAACAUGUGAGUAAAGCUCACUAAAAUGAGUCGAAACCAUGGACUGAGAGUAUUAAGAUGCAUUGCGCUGGCCUGAAAGUUGAGCAGAGCGGAUGAAUAUCAAGGGCAGAAUCAAGAGAUGCGGACAAAUCGAGCGUAUCAUCAACAUCUCCUCAUCAGAGCACUUGUAAAAGGGCAGAGCAGAUCCCAGAAAGUUAUGCAGUUUAUGCUUUGGAAGAUUCUGACACAUUAUUCGGUCUUUUUUAGCUCAUAAAGUCGGUCUGUUACUGUGCAUCGAUUUCCUGUAGUUUUUGGUUUGACAAAUUUUGAUCUUGGAAGCAUUGUUUACAUUUGAAGUCAAACGUUUUAUGCAGUGAUGACAGUGAUCCAUUCGAUGAUUUCGAGUAGGUUUCACGUAAAGAAUCGUUCACUUCGCUUCAGCAAGAAAUUACAAUAGCCUUACUUUUGGCUAAUUCUAUGAAUAAUGACUAGCACAUGUAGGUCGAAAAAUAGCGAUGGCGUCUGUACACAGGCUAGCCGAACAUCUUCAUCUCUGUGUGCAUUCUUGCAUGCGUAAUGAGCCGUGAAUUCACACGCGAUUCACUUACGAAAUUUCUCCCAGCUCAGUUUCCCUGAAUUCGAUGUAAAUGUCUUCUAAGACAUUUAAUCCGUUCAAAUAUUUUUAAUCUGACCAAAUGCAGAGAAGUUCUCGUAAAAUAUUGACUGCUCAUUACGCAUGCAGGAAUUCCGAUUCAAAUUUGACACCAGUUACGGGAACGACUAACGGAUUCAUUUUUUUUCAAAUAAUCAAUUCAUUAAUGGAAUGUUUUGGGGUAAAAUUGACCUGGCUUGGCUGUAAACGUUGGAUUUUGUACGUUCUUCUCUUUUAUUUACAAUACCGACCAGUACAGACAAACGCACUCGCAACCAGUGCAGCAAACAUCGGUAGUCUUAACUUCUCAUGCCUAUUCCAGAGAGCCGAAAUACAAAUGCCAGUAAACAAAUAUGAAUGUCCACAAAGGCUGAGCUUUUCCCUGGGAAAUCUAUUCUGAGAUUCAUUCACCAACAACAACAAAAAAUUUAUUUGCGUCAUGGCAUUUACAUUACAACCAAUCAGAGGCUGUCCCAACAUUCCGGGGAACCGAACACGAUUAUCGUCGGCGAUCCCGACUUUUCAUGAGGGAGGGAGACGUCUGUACGCAGGUUAGAAAACUUUAAGCCCGGGAGAAAUGCCGUUUUGUAUAGAAAGCCACGUUUUUGCAAGCGAAGAGUAUAAAUAAGUGCAAGUGAAGGUACAAAAUUCCCGUAAAUUGAAGCGAUACGUUUCUCAGAAUAUUUCAAGCAAUUCCUGGAACUCCACGGUAAAUAAAGUCGGUGUUUUGGCUAAAUUUGUAUUCAGCCAGGCUUUGUUAUAUUUAUGUAACUGAUAAAUUGCUUUAGUUAUUAAGAGUUUUUCUAGAAAGUGUGACAAGAUUUGUUUUCCCUUGGCAGUAAAACGUUUUAUACACGACGGAAGCAAAAAUUGAAGAUGAUUUGAUAUUGAACUCCAUUGGAAAUUCACUCUUUCACUCACUCCAACGCUCACGUGCUCUCAACUUAAUCGUGCACAGGUUUCAGACAAAUAAUAUGCUGAUUUAUUGUCAUGGACUUUUAUAUAAUGUAGCUUGAUAUACACUUUUUUUGGUUCAAAGUUCAGUUUUUGUCGAUCGCUUCGAGUCGUGUAGCGUUACAUGCACAAUUAUUUGACACGGUUAAUGUCAAUAAUACAUUGACACUAGAGGGCAAUUUCAGAUUUGUUCUGGACAAAUCCGACUUAAAAUCGGCCAGUGACAAAAAAUUUGUCCGGAAAGCUAGAGUCGCACUUAAAAACAAAAUCUGUGAACAAAAGACAACACCAUGCUGUGAUCGCCUUCUGAUUUCAGCCCACAGUUAAAGUAAAAGCUUCCCCUCUUCUUCACUCCAUCUGUCCUCAGCCUUCUUGUUCUCGGCUGACGAAGAUGCACGGCGCGAAGAAGAUGGGGUUGAUGCCGGCAUCGAGCUAUCUUCCCUGAACUGGAGGGAUUCUGGCAACGAGUCAGUACUCGUGGUCGAAGGAGAUGGGCUGGGAUUUCCUCGAUCGUUAAUCAUGUAAGGGUCUGGCAAAGGAUAGAUCCAUCCUGGUGGUUAUUAUGGAAAUUCGUACGGAAAUAAUUGGUCGCCCGCGCCGGGAUUCAUGUUGUUGCGAAAUGAGAACGUGAUUAAUUUUACAACGAAGUUUAUAACAAAGAGACUCUGCUAAAUAUCACCUGUCAAAUCAUUUCCGAAUUAAAACACCCUCGCUAUUGUUUUCCAAAAUUUGUCUCAAUUUGGCCUGCUCCAGAGGUAGUCGACGGCAUCUUUGAAGUUUGUCCGUCCGCGACCAAAUUUUGUCCUUUGGUGAACAAACCGAUCGCACUUGGUUUUUCAUUGUGUCAUUUGUCUGUCACAAACUCAGUCAUCAAUGAAUCCUUUUUCCACACUUUCUUCCUCGAAAACCCAAACUCAAAUUUAGUUUUGAAAAACUGAAAAAGAAAUUCGACAGCAGUUGUGGUCCAUUUUGUGUUGGUAGGAGGAGAACACGGAAUUUAAAAGUUAACUGAAAAGAAAAAUAGGCCUCAGUUGUCGGCAAGUCUGACGGCAAACAAAUUUCUAGAUGUUGCAUAUGUUUUCAUUCACGAAUUAACCUGUCAAAAUUGUGACCAAGCAGGAAGGAAGCAAGACUAGGUUGUCACUGGAGUGUGACCAAAAGCGUGAUCAAGCAAAACAUAAAGUCUUAGAAAUUUAUUUCCGAAACAUUUUGGCGUAGGUCGAACACAGGAAACUUCAAUUUAGAUAUCUACUUGACCAACUCCGUCGGCUGCCCAAAAAUGGUUAAUUUUGCGCCAAACGAAACGCAACGUCAAUGUCUGGGACUCACUUCCCUACCCUACUAAGUUUUCUCAAGAUGGAAACUUAGGCGUUGUUGAGAAAUCGUCUAGCGAUUAAUCGUUACAGAAAUAUCGUUUCGCAAUCACGCUCAAUUUAUUGUCAGAUUUCGCGCCAAGAAAAGCGAGGGUUGCCCAAUUUCAUUUCCCGCCCAAGAAUUGUCUCCCCACUACCGCCUUCAAGGUCCAUACUAACGUACGGGCGUACAAGCGUACGGUGACGUCAUAACCAAAAUUUCUGGCAUCAAUAGGUUACCAAAGUGAGGACCGGGGGGCGGAUAGGAGGGGAGGCUAGGAAUGAGGUUGUAUUGUUUGCUCCUCUGUCUUCUGUCGGACUAGUUAAAUUAAUUAAUUGAUUAAUUUGGCAUUUAUUUAUUAUUCAUUCAUUUAUUUUAUUUGUAGGUUGGGAGCCCUCUACAGAACAUACGGUUUUGUUGGAGCAGAACUGGAAAUCGGGGUCGCACAGAUCAUUAGGCAUGAAAACUAUAAUAACCCGCUGAGCCAUAGCAAUGACAUCGCCCUGAUUAAGCUGUUAAAACCUGCAAAUCUUGGAGUAGGCAUCGGGCUUGUCUGCCUUCCUGAUAUGCGCCACCCUCUUCCUUUUGACAAUUUGAACAGAAAGUGCUGGAUAACAGGCUGGGGUACACUGUCUUCAGGUGGGUCCCAGAAAAAUACACUCAUGGAAGCUCAGAUUCCAUUGGUCUCCAGGCGACGUUGUCUGUAUUCCUACACUGGAAAAAUUGAUGAUUCCAUGUUCUGUGCUGGCCUGGAUGCAAGAGGAUUUGACCCUUGUGUAGGAGACAGUGGUGGUCCAUUGGUGUGUGAGUUUAACGGUACAUGGUUUCUUGAAGGUGUAACAAGUUGGGGCUACAGUUGUGCGUAUGCUUCAAAGUAUGGGGUUUAUGCUAACGUUCGAGAUCUGAAAGCAUGGAUAACAAACCAUAUUUAUCAAGCAGUACCGCCUAGUGUCUCGCCACAAAAUCAA